CCCUCGGCAGUGGCCGCCAUGGAGCCCCCCGGGACCCUCGGCCUCCUCCUCCUCCUCCUCCUCCUCCUUGGGAUGGGCUCAGCCUCGGCCCAGACAGAGUGCCCGUGGGGUCUCUGGGUGGUCCCUCGGUGGCCGCUCUCGUUGUGGUCGAUGUCGCUCUCAGCGUCGUCGCCGCCGCAGCCGCCUUCUGGGCUGGGGGGAGGGGCACAGCCCGGCGCAGGCCCCGCCCCCCGGAGCCGGACCCCGCCUACCAGGAGCUGCAGGGCGCGCGCGCCGACCUUUACAGCGAGCUCAAGCGCUGAGCCGCAACCUCCUCUCGAUAAAAUGCGAUUUUGGGCUUUUUUCCCUCAAUAAACGCAAA